UGAUUCUAUCGAGUGAAAAUGAAAACGCUGUAGCCUAUUCAGGGUAAACGGAAAGCUGGAAGCAUGAACUUGCCAAUGCUUGUGUGAGCGAUCGCGGGGGACAGGGGAAAAGUAUGAACAGUAUUUUCUCAACCAAAAUAUCUAAGAAAAGGCUGGAUCAGUCAUAAAUGUUAAUUGUAUUGUAGACUUAAAUCAUAAACAAUUAAUAGCCUACCUAAGACUAAACGUUCCAGUGAAAGUAAUAGCAACAUAAGCUAUAGUUACGACGUGAGAUAUCUGUCGGAUUUUACUUCCAGACCACGUGUUUAACAGAUUUCGGAUGGGUCACUCUCAGUGCGCAUCUAUAGCAGACCAUUACUCCCUGACCAUUAAAACAAGUGGACAUCAAACUGGGUGCCUCUGGAACCUCACAUUUCGCCGUGUUCCAACACCGGAAGAUUCAAUGAUACUACCGAUUAGUGUCCCCGACAAGUCCCUCAGUACAGCCCAGUUUGAGAACAAAAAGCUGGACCCGCGUCGAAAUGAAUCUUGUCAGAAUGCCGCAGAUCUGCAAAAAGCCUUGUCCCACCUUCACCAGUCUGGCUGGUACUGGGGGGCCCUGAAUGCUGCUCAGGCUGCCCAGGUGUUGACUGAAUAUCCAGAGGGUACAUUCCUGCUGAGGGACAGCUCCUACCAGGGAUACCUCCUCACCUUAUCUUUGAUGACCAGCAUUGGCCCCACUCACAUCCGCAUUGAGUACUCUGGUGGCCUGUUUGGUUUUGACUCAUUGAUGGUGGCACGGCCACGGCUCAGGAAGUUUGGGAGUGCAGUGGAUCUUAUUCAACACUAUUCUCUGACUUACAAACAUCUGGCCAGUCAGAAAGAGGGUCUGAAAGCAGAAAAUGAAACAGGACACACUGUUAACUCUGGCCCAGAUCAUUCAUUGCAGCUCAAGCUCACACAGCCCCUCUUCAAAAACUCUCCCAGUCUACAGCACCUCUGUCGUGUAACUAUCAAUCAUCAUUCUCGCUCUCACCAACACUUGCCUCUACCUGGGAGGCUACUAGACUUCUUACUGGAGUACCCCUUUGUGCUGUAAGAAAAUGUAUGGAGAUUAAAAAUUUUACCCCUGAAUUUGACUUUUUACAUGUUGUUGAUAAUGCCUUUAAUAUAACUGAAGCUGCCAUUUGAUUCCACUAAUAAUACCAUGUCAAAGCACAAUUUAGUUGAACGAACAUCCACCUCUUCAUCAAAGUGCAGUUGUGUUGAUAACCAUUCGUUUUAGGGAAAAAUAGCUGAUAAUCAAAAGUUAUUUUGUGCAAUAAAACAUUUAAAAACACAUCCUCCUGACCUAUACUGUACAUAAAUGACAGUAAUUUAUGUGGAUAAGAUGAAGUGACUAUUUAGAGAUGACUAGCAAGAAAGGGUACAGAAAGUGAGAAAAACUAGAUUAAUGCCUUUUUGUUUACAAUUAUUUCUGGACAAACCAUGUGUCAAAAAGAGGUUUGUACAAUUUAGUACAGUAUUUUAAAGUACAUUUGUUAAGGUAUUUACGAAACAUUGUUUAUUGAAGAUUUAUUUUCAUUCAUGUAGUUAACUAUAUUAUAAUAAUGUUUCUACUCUAUUGGUGUGCUUGCUGAGAGAAAGACUACUGAAGAUAUCUUGCAUACUUAUUAUUCUUAACAUUCUUUGUUUGA